CCGCCUGCACGUUCAGCCACCGUCUCAGGUGCUUUCUCUAUUCUGUCAGCGUUGUGAUGGGGACCAAGGCAAAGAAAGCUAUGAAGAAGAACAUGAAAAGGGUUACCGCUAAAAUCAAGCCUUCCGAGGGUGCUGAUUUUCUGCCCUUAGCCGGUGGUCCGGGUCGCAAACUUCCUGAAUUGAAACCUCUGGAGAAUACUUCACCUGUUUUGUACAUUGGUAGAAUUCCACAUGGCUUCUAUGAGAAGGAGAUGGAAGCUUAUUUUGCACAAUUUGGAACCAUCAAGAGAAUGAGAAUAGCCCGAAAUAAAAAGACCGGAAAAUCUAGACAUUUUGGGUUCAUAGAAUUUGAAUCUCCUGAGGUUGCAAAAAUUGUUGCUGGUACUAUGCAUAAUUAUUUACUUUUCGAACACCUUCUUCAGGUUUAUGUGGUGCCUUUAGAAAAUGUUCAUCUAAGAUUGUGGAAAGGAUUCAAUUACCGUUACAAGCCCUUGGACUCUCUCCAAAUUGAACGAGAGCGACAUGACAAAGAAAGGACACUGGAAGAACACAAAAAGUUGGUUGAUAGAGUUAUGAAACGUGACAAAAAACGCCGUAAUAGGAUAGAGGCUGCUGGCAUUGAUUAUGAAUGUCCCCUGAUUGCGGGUAACAACCAACCUGCUCCAAAGAAAAUAAAGUUCGAAGACUGA